AUGGCAGCUUUGGCACUUUCAUGUCCCUCUAACUCCUUGUACAGAUCUUCCUUCUCCCCAAUCGCUACUAAAUCAUCAGUAGUCUCUGUUCCUCGACUCAGGGUCUCGGCCUCCGCUGCCGCCGCCGCCGCUCCGGCGAUGACCACGAUGUACGACCUUCUCUCGGUGUCCCGGACCGCCGGGCCCAGCGAGAUCCGCACGGCGUACCGACGGGUGGCCCUUCGGUGGCACCCGGACGCGUGCCGCUCCGCCGGGGAGGAGCGCCGCUACGCGGAGCGCUUCAUGGAGGCGCGGGAGGCCUACGAGGUGCUCUCCGACCCUGUCCGCCGCCGCGACUAUGACCUGGCCCUCUCCGGGGGCCGCUGGGCCUCUGCCGUCGGUGCCGCCCCGGUCUUCCGCGAGCGGCGCCCUCGCGGGCGAGGAGGCGACGCGGCGGCGUUUGGGAACUGGGAAACGCAGCUGGACGGGCUCCGGCGGCGUUCGGCAGUCGCGGAUGCCAACGGGGAGGAGGAGACGUGGGGCGGCCGCGUGCGCCGGGCCUGCCGCGCCGCCUUCUAG